GGCUGGUUCCUGUAACAGUGUAACUGAAUCUGAAACAGGGGGUUCAGGAUAUCCAACAGGCAGACGAUGGCCGCCACUACGCCCAUGGAUGGCGAGGGCUGGAAGUUCCCCGCGGCACCGGACGUCCUCGUGGAGAUCCUGACGCGGCUCCCGCCGAGCUGCCGGCGGCUGCUCCGCCUCGUCUGCCGGACCUGGCGCGACGUGGUCGACCAGCGCACGCCGGAGAUGCGUAGCCGCGCGGCGAUCCUUGUCCAGACCGAAAGAUCUUCGUACGUCGUGGACAACCUGUCAUCAGGACGCCGCCGAGAGCUCUGGACCGGACGUUGCGCCGGCGACCGCUACGAGAGCAUGUGCGUGGUGGGCACGUGCAACGGCCUGCUCUGCCUGUGCGACACCAAGGAGCCCGGCGGCGCCAUCACCCUGGCCAACCCGGCCACCGGCGAGAUGCUGCUCCUCCCGCUGCUGCCGUUCUCCGGCCAGUACUACCGGCCGUUUAGCUGGGGAGACGGCGGGAUCGCGACGUCGAGGCACGAGGCCUACUGCUUCGCGUACCUGCCGGCGACGGGGAAGUACAGGGUCGUGCACGUCCCCUGCUACCCCGACCCGGGCGGGGAGUUCGAGGCGGUGCAGGUGUUCACUCUGGGGAAGAAAUCGUGGCGGAAUGUGCCGACUCCCGGCAUGAGCUGAAACCUCAAGGCCGGCAUUCUCAGCGUCGACGGCGCCAUGUAUUGGCUUACGGUGGGCACCGAGAAGGUAAUGUCUCUCGACCUGGAGGUAGGGCGCGUCACGCCCGUCAAGUCCCUGCCAGCACCGGCCGGACCCAAUUGCCACCUGACCGUGGUGCGCGGAUGGCUGGGCAUUGCCAUCAGCGACGGCUCGUCCCCUCUGGAAAAGAUCGAGGUCUGGGUUUUGGAGGGUAGUAGAAGGGAGGAACAGAGCUGGAGCCGCCGGUACAGCAUACAGGUGCACAUGUUACGGGAUCAGCAUCCAUGGAGCCGGCAGAAGCUCACCCAGCCACAAUUCGCUCACGGCGAGUACGUUCUGACGAAGCAUUCCCGGGACUGGAACUGCUUCCUGUACAGGAACAAGGUGAGCGACGCUGGGAGGCUGCAGUGCGGCGUGCUGCGUCUAAGCGAGAAGAAAUGGGGGAUGGAGAUCGGGACCGUCGGGGGCUAUGGCCGGACUUUCGCAUAUGUCAAGACUACUGAGCCGCUUGAUGUUUACAGGGUCAGCGAUUGCAGGUGGAUCUACAGGCCCUGAAGAUAGGAUCUCAGUUUAACUGGUUUACCGUUGCACCUUGUCCUUGGCAAACUGUGGGUCGUUUGAUUGUUAAGUUCAAGUUUUAACCACAAAGGCAUAAACGUCAACAAUUCUCAUGGUUGCAAUGAGGAGCAUUGUCUUGGCAAUAUUUAUCCUAACUACUACGUUUUUUGACAAUAGUGAUUUGUAUUCUCGGUUCCCUAAUGACAUUGACCAGACUGUUAG